AUGAGAGUAUUCCUCGGUGAUCUUCGCGUUUGGCAAAUCGUUCAUAUAUCUGCUGCUCUUUCAAGACUUGAGAUCAGACAGUUCCUUGUGGAGAGGGGUCUUGAUAAUUGUCUUCAAGGGGUUACCAACGGCAACGAUGCCACAAGUAACGGCAUCUUUCCGUUUAAACCCAAUCGGUUACUUGAUCUCAUCCAAUAUGUGAACAGCUCGCAACUUCACGAACAUCCGAAUCUCCGCAAAUUCAUUACAAUAGGGAGACUUACGAUGAUCUUUUAUGGCACUUUCCCGGCCGUUUUAUACCGGCAUAUACAGUGGUCAGAAUGUACUUUCUCGUCGAGAGGGAGGAGUGGUUCCCUUAUGAAGAGCCACUAUACGAACGCAUUAGUGGCGGACGGCGGACGAAGGGAAAAUGACAAACGUGUUACGGAAGAGGCAGAAGCAGUGCGAGCGAUGCAUACAAGUAGAAUAUCCAUAGCGCAAGAGGGCAUACCGAGACCUUAUAGAGCUCCACUCAUGCGUAUAUGGUAG